GGAUAACUUAGAUCAUCCCAAUGAGAAUAGUCAGAAUCAUAGCUAUCAGCAAGAAUCAGAAGAAUUGAGUCAGGAAGAGUCAAAGUUAGAGGAGAGUAAAGAAGCAACUUCAAUGUCAAAAUCUCAAAGUGGAGGUGAAAAAGAAAAUCAUAAUGAUCAGAGUGUUGAGAAGUCUGAGGAAGAAAAAGGAAAUAGCUGGAAUAUGAAUUUUAUAAUUAAUGAAUGCAUUAGAAGUCUAGUCCAAGUUUGCGAUGAUAAACACAAAGAGCAAAUGCUAAAACUUAAAAAUAUCAGAGAAACCCUUAUAAAUAAAAAGAAAGAAUGAGAAGUUUAUAAACUCUUCGAAGAUUUCAGAACAGUAUUUGAAGAUGAAAUAAAAAGAUCAAAAUCAAGUACAUUAAAAAGAACACCCCUAAAAACUGCUAAUCACCCAACCUCCUCCUCCAACCCCCCUUAAUUCCUAACUCCCACCACUAAACCUCAUUUCUCAAUUUCUAC